GUAACAGUCUACAUUUAGUCUGCACAAGUAAGAAGAUGUCUCACUCGGUUUUCAAAGUGCUGUCUCGACAAAUGUCGACCUCUCUGAGCAGACACCGUCCUGUCAAAUACCUGGCAGUCAUUGGUAGCGGGCUCAUGGGGUCAGGCAUUGCACAGGUAGCAGCAUCAGCAGGUCAAACGGUGACGCUUGUUGACCAAACUGAUGACAUUCUCAGCAAGUCUGUGGGUUCCAUCAAAAAGAGUUUACAGAGAGUGGCUAAAAAGAAAUUUGCCGAUGAUCCUAAGGGAGGAGAAAACUAUGUAUCUGAUGUGUUGGCACAUGUCAAAACAAGUACAAACGCUGAGUCGGCAGUUUCCAAUGCUGAUUUGGUUGUCGAGGCGAUCGUGGAAAACCUUGAUGUGAAGCGAAAACUGUUCUCUUCCCUUGACAAAGCUGCUCCACCACACACGAUAUUUGCCAGUAACACGUCAUCCAUCCCCAUUGAAGACAUCGCAGUGUCGACACAGCGGUUAGACCAGUGGGGAGGAGCCCAUUUCUUCAACCCUGUUCCUAUGAUGAAACUUCUCGAGGUUAUUAGAAUUCCUCAGACGAGUGACGAGACUUUCAAUUCCCUGCUGGAAUGGGGUAAAUCCCUGGGUAAAGUCACAGUACAGUGUAAGGACACGCCUGGUUUUAUUGUGAAUCGUCUACUUGUUCCUUACAUGGCAGAGGCAGUCCGACUUGUGGAGCGAGGUGAUGCCUCACCCAGAGAUAUUGAUACGGCUAUGAAACUUGGAGCUGGUUAUCCGAUGGGGCCCUUCGAGUUGUCCGACUAUGUGGGACUGGACACAACCAAGUUUAUUCUUGAUGGGUGGCAUGAACGGUUUCCCGAUAAUCCACUGUUCAAACCAAUUCCUAUGUUGAACAAGCUGGUUGGAGAGGGAAAGUUAGGAAUGAAGACCGGAGAAGGAUUCUACAGUCACAAGAAAUGAUGGAAAACAAAAUGAUUCUAAGGCUUACCCUUUUGGUAGCUAGCAAUGUUAGCCAAAUGCCUAUUUUUGUAAUAUACAGUAUACACUUUUACAUCCAAUUAGUUACUUUUCUAUAGCCUAUUAAAAUAAUGAUGAACAUUUUUGACAAAAAACAUUUUUUUGGUAUAAAUGCCAUUGAGAAUUUUGCUUUACACAGGCAAUGCUUAUUUAUGAAAUUUAAAUACAGGGCAGAAAAUACCAUAAUAUAAGAUGUGUAUUAUUAUGUCUGUCUGUCAGAGCUAGCUUAGGGUGAGAAGAACAUUUUCACAAAUUAUCUAUGAAGCUUAAAAAAUUGGGGGAAAACCUAUAAUUUUUUUAACAAAUAUUAAUUAUUACAUGAACUAUUUUGCCAAUGGUUUCUAAAAUUAGAAUUUGCGAAUUUGGCAACUGCUUGAGCUAGCCCAGUAUGUGUGUGCAUGUACAGAAUAACUGAAUAUGUGUAUAAUCAUGAAUAAAAUCAAUACAAUUGUUAAA